UAUAGUAGUAGUAGUAGUAAUAGAGGUAUAGUUAUAAUCUAUUAUAUACACCACACCAUGGAGAACAAUACUGGUGGAUUGAGCCAGUUAACUUCACCAUUGGACAAUGACAAGAUACAAAAGAUCGUUGCCAACUAUCAGAAGUUAAAGACACAGAAUGCUGUUCUAAAGAAGGCUAUCAUACAAGAACAACAAAAGUCUGGUGAUUUGGAUAAAGAGUUGAAGGAGAGACAACAGGCGUUGAGUACUGCUAUGCAGGAACAUGAUGUAUUGGAGUUCAACAAUCAACGUCUUACAAAGAGAUUGCAGACGAUGCAGGAUCAGAUGAAUGAGAAGAAGGAGGGUAGUUCAUUCAAACUGUUUGGUUCAAAGGUGGAGUUACAACGCAAGGAUGAAGAGAUCAAUAUACUGAGGAGCGAGUUACAGGAGAAGAUAGAUGACAAUCAGAGUCUACAUAGUGUAGCCAAUGAGAAGGAGACUGCAUUCAAGAUGAUGGAGACUCAUCUGAAGCAGACGAUCGCAGAGAAGGAUACUCUGUUGCAAGAGAAGAACAAACAUAUCGAGGAGUUGAUCCAGUCUCAGAAGGAAAGCGAGUUUAAACUAGUACAACAGACACAAGGAUUAAGAGAUACUAUAGAGUCACUGCAAGCUGGUGUUAAGAAGUCCAACAAGAAGUUUGAAUCACAGAUAGAGACAGACAUUGCCAACUAUGCAUCAAUGAAGCAAAAGCUUGAGAAGGAUAUAGAGGAGUUGAAUGCCAAUCAUAAGAAUGAGGUUAGACAACUAUCCGAUCAACACCAAGGUCUACUGAAGCAUCAGAGGAAUCUACUCAACUCCAAGAUUGAGGAGCAGAGAUCUAUUAUCAGUCAGAUGGAGAAGAAGUCACAGCAACUCGAGCUCUCACUGAAGCAGCUGAAGCAGCAACCUCAACAACAACAAGCACCUCAACAAACAUUGGUCAAUCUGAUGGACGACGAUGUCCAACCUACUACACAACAAGCAAGUCCCUCUGUUCAAUCCACUGCCACACCACCACCAUCUUCAUUCUCACCAAGCAGUUCACUUGUCGAUGUAUCUGGUGACAUGGAUAGCCAACUACAACAGGCAACAUCAAGUUCACCACAUUCUCCAUCACUUGGUGGUCACCACCAAGAGAGUGUAGAGGGCAUAACUGAAGCCAGUACCAACAAGGGAUCAGGCAGUGGAAGCAGUGGCACUGGUAGUCCAACCUUUGGCAAUGACAACAUUGUCGUGGUCAUUCCAAAUCAGAACCAAAACGAAUCACCAAUCGCAACAACAAGCAUUGACGUUGCACCAUCAGGCAGGUUCAAGCUCAAAGUACUCGAUGAGACUGGUGAGGCAUCAGAUUCACUCAACUUCUCAUUCGAGGACAAGGAGAGGGAGAAAGAGAUGAGGAUAUUCUAUGAGAAUAAGAUGAAUCAAUUGUUGAACAAGAUAUCCAAUAUUGACGCCAAGGCAUUGAGAUACUACGAGCAGUACAACAACCUGUUGAAGAAGGGUCAGUCCAAUGACAGUGUCAAGGGUGAGUUGGACGAGGCACUCAAGCAGGUCAAGAACACCAAGGAUGAGUUGGAGGUCACUCGCGUCAACUAUGACAUGCAGAUGAAGUUGUUGACCGAGCAGUACAUCUCACUCAACGAGUCAUUGAUGCACGUCGACUCUGAACUGAUCAGAAUCAAGCAACACAAAGUCCUCUGUGCCAAGUGUCGUGCAUGGAAUCCACUCGAAUCAGUCUUUUCCUCAGAGAACCAUUCACUCUCAUGUUGCAAAGGAAACCAUCCUCUUCAAACAAUAAUGCCAUGA